AUGUACGGCAAACCAAAUGGAAGCAUUGAAAGUCCCGACACAACAAGGUUAGUAGAAGAUACAAGUUUUGAUUCAUUUGCAACAGAAGAAAUACAUAAUCAACCACACGAUUUAAAUGAUGAAGAACAAACUAUUAAAAUUGAUGAUUUAUCCAAUUUGCGGUAUCAAUUUAGAUCUAAUAAUUCAAUACCUAGAAAAUUUAUAGAUAGGAAAAAUUCAGUUAUUAUUGCAAAUACUGGAGAAAGAGUUCAUAGAAAUAUUACAUUUUCUUUACCACAAGAUUUUGAAACACCUCUGGAAGGUGAACCAUUACAUUCUACUACUAGAUUUCAAAAUUUUUUACAACUACUAAAAACUACAUACAAUAAUGAUAUUUUCAGAAGUGUAUUUAAAUGUUCAAUGGCAUAUUUUAUUGCAAGUUUAGGAGUUUUUGUUCCUCGAUUUGAUGAUUUUUUAGGAAAUACUGAUUCAAAACAUAUUAUUGCAACAGUCGCGGUAUAUUUCCAUCCAACAAGAACAAAAGGUUCAAUGAAUCAAACCAUGAUGUAUGUGAUAAUAUCAAUUAUAUUCAGUAUGACAGUAUCAUUUGGAUGUAGAUUAAUAUCUGCAAUUUUUUUCGUAAAGGGAGAAGAUGAAAUUAGUCAUUUUAUUGAUUUACUUAUUAGUUCAAUUGCAUUGGGGGUUAUUUCAUUUUGGAAACAAAAAACUAAUAAACAAACUUUUAAUACUGCUUGUUCUUUAGCAUGUAUAACAAUUGUUUCUUGUAUUGUUAAAGAAGGAAGUUUAAAUUCUGGUGAAAUUCCAUUGUCAAGAAUAUACUCAACUUUUCAAGUUGUGGUUACUGGUAGUAUAAUUUCAUUUUCUUGUUCUUAUUUACUUUGGCCUGUCAGUGCUACUAAUCUACUUCGGAAAACAAUUCAUGAAUCAUACAAGAAUUAUUCAUUGGUGCUUCUAACAUUAACUAGAAGAUUUGUUGCUGGUGAAAAAUUAAAUGCCCAAGAUUCAUUAUUGAUUGAAAAAUUAAAAAAACUGGUUAAUCUUCUUCAUCAAUAUUUAGAAGAAUCAGAAUAUGAAUUAAGGAUUUUGGGAAAAGAAGCAGAAUGGGAUUAUUAUAAAGAAUUAGUAAAUGCAACAAUAUCAUUAGCUAGACAUUUACAAGCAUUAAGUUCAGCAACAAGAAUGCAAUGGAGUUUACUAAAUAAUACCUCUGAUGACAAUAAUAGUACAGCAUCAACUUUAAGAAGUUUUAAAUCUAGUGAAUUUAAUAUACCUUCAAUUGAUUCAGUGCGGGCACAAGAUCAAGAAGAAAAUAAUGACAUGGGUUCAUCUUUACAAUUAUUUGAUUUAUUCGUAUUCCAUUUAUCACCAUCUAUAAAAUCCUUGGUUUUCACAAUGAGAGAUGUUUUGAACUCCAUACCUCCUACAUCAUUUGAAAGUUCCGAAAUCUACCAGCACUCAUUAAUCAGUGCUAUAAAAAUGUAUGAAAAACGACAAGAAUUAUCAUUUGAUCAUAUUUACAAUCAAGAAUCUUUUACUAAAAGUACAAAUUUCAAUUUUAAAGCAGAGCAAGAAGAAGUUGCCGCUUGUUGUGGGAAUUUCGCAACUUUACUAUCUCAAUUUGCAACUGAAUUACUUUGUACUUUAAAAUUAUUUGAUGAAUAUAGUGCCGCUAUAAAUAGUCCACGAAGUUGGCCUUGGUUAAGUUUUAAAAAAUCAAAAAGUUUUGAUGAUUCGACUAAUGAUACAAGUUUACAUGCCGCUUUAGAUGAUUUAAGAGAUCAAUAUGGGUUAAAAAAGCAUAAAGCUCCAGUUUUUGAUUCAUUUUUACAAAGAUUGGGUUUCAAAGUUUGGGAGAAUUUGAAAGUUUUAAAAAGAGCUGAUGUACAAUUUGGAAUUAGAGUUGGAUUAGGAGCUGCUUGUUUAUCAUUGUUUGCAUAUAUCCCCGAGACUAGAGAUAUAUUUUUAACUUGGAGAUUAGAAUGGGCAUUAACUGUUUAUUGUAUUAUGAUGAAUAAAUCAUUAGGAGGUACCACAAUGACUGUUAAAUGGAGAAUUCUUGGUACAUUUAUUGGAGCAUUUGCUGCUUAUUCUAUAUGGAAUAUAUUUGAUGCUAAUGUUUAUUUUUUAGCGAUUGCUGGGAUUUUAAUAUCGAUACCUUCAUUUUAUAUAAUCUUAUUUUGGAGUGCUAACAAUGCAUUUGGAAGAUUUAUUUUAUUGACUUAUAACUUGACAAUGUUGUAUUCGUAUAGUAUGAUUCAAAAGGAUUCUGAAGAUGAUAAAGAAGGUGGUGAUCACCCAAUAAUUGGUGAAAUUGCUUUUCAUAGAUUUGCUGCUAUUUCCAUUGGUAUUAUAUGGGCAUUAACUAUGGCAACUUGGUUUUUACCAAAUAGUGCAAGAUCAAGGUUGAAAAAUGGUUUAUCUAUUCUAUGGUUAAGAUUAGGUGUAAUAUGGAAUAGUGAUCCUUUAGAGUAUAAUCCAAAUACUAUGGAAUUAGUAGGAUUUAAAGCUGAAGAAGGUACUAAUAAGAUCUUAUCAGAAUGUGAGACAUUAUUAAAGCAAGCACCAGUUGAAUUUAGAUUAAAAGGUGUUUUCCCCACUCAAACAUACUCGAAAAUUCUAAAAGAUACCUCGGGGAUUAUAGAUGCUUUUCAAAAUUUAGAUCUUUUAAUCAAAGUUGAUCCAGUGUUAACAGUGAACGAAGAAUACGUUUUAAAAUAUAUCGAGGCUGAAAGAAGCGAAGUUGAACAAAGAAUCUUUUUAGUAUUUUAUAUGCUUGCAAGUGCAAUGAAAUUAGGUUUCUCAUUACCUAAAAAAUUUGCAUCAAUUGAUCAUGCAAAAGAUAGAUUGUUAUAUAAAUUAAGUGAAAUACGUCAACAACAAGAUACUGGUUUAAAAUUAAGAAAUACUGAUUUUAUUUGGUUAUAUUCAUAUAUUUUGGUUGCUUCUUCUAUUUCUGAACAAUUAGAUAAUAUAAUGGUAAAUAUUAAAGAUUUAUUGGGUGAGAUAUCAGAGGAUAAAUUUCAAUUAGUUUAG